AUGUGGUCCCUGCCCAGCAGGGGGCAGCAGGGAGCCAUGGUGAUGCGAAGUCCAGAGCUCACAGUGAAGAACUUGACCAAGAGCAGCCGAUCCACUGAUGAAACCACUGAUGGGACCACUGAUGAAACCACUGAUGGAUCCACUGAUGGAUCCACUGAUGGAUCAGCUGAUAGAACCACUGAUGAAACCACUGAUGGAACCACUGAUGGAACCACUGAUGGAUCCACUGAUGGAACCACUGAUGAAACCACUGAUGGAACCACUGAUGGAACCACUGAUGGAACCACUGAUGGAUCCACUGAUGGAACCACUGAUGGAACCACUGAUGGAUCCACUGAUGGAACCACUGAUGGAACCACUGAUGAAACCACUGAUGGAACCACUGAUGGAACCACUGAAGGAUCCACUGAUGAAACCACUGAUGGGACCACUGAUGAAACCACUGAUGGAUCCACUGAUGGAACCACUGAUGGAUCCACUGAUGGAACCACUGAUGGAACCACUGAUGGAUCCACUGAUGGAACCACUGAUGGAACCACUGAUGGAUCCACUGAUGGAACCACUGAUGGAACCACUGAUGAAACCACUGAUGGAACCACUGAAGGAUCCACUGAUGAAACCACUGAUGGGACCACUGAUGAAACCACUGAUGGAUCCACUGAUGGAUCCACUGAUGGAUCAGCUGAUAGAACCACUGAUGAAACCACUGAUGGAACCACUGAUGGAACCACUGAUGAAACCACUGAUGGAACCACUGAUGGAUCCACUGAUGGAACCACUGAUGGAACCACUGAUGGAUACACUGAUGGAUCAACUGAUGGAACCACUGAUGAAACCACUGAUGGAACCACUGAUGGAACCACUGAUGAAACCACUGAUGGAACCACUGAUGGAUCCACUGAUGGAUCCACUGAUGGAACCACUGAUGGAACCACUGAUGAAACCACUGAUGGAACCACUGAUGAAACCACUGAUGAAACCACUGAUGGAACCACUGAUGAAACCACCGAUGGAACCACUGAUGAAACCACCGAUGGAACCACUGAUGAAACCACCGAUGGAACCACUGAUGGAUCCACCGAUGGAACCACUGAUGGAACCACCGAUGGAUCCACUGAUGAAACCACCGAUGGAACCACUGAUGGAUCCACCGAUGGAACCACUGAUGAAACCACCGAUGGAACCACUGAUGAAACCACCGAUGGAUCCACUGAUGGAUCCACCGAUGGAUCCACUGAUGGAACCACCGAUGGAUCCACUGAUGGAUCCACCGAUGGAUCCACUGAUGGAACCACCGAUGGAACCACUGAUGAAACCACCGAUGGAACCACUGAUGGAUCCACCGAUGGAUCCACUGAUGGAACCACCGAUGGAUCCACUGAUGGAACCACCGAUGAAACCACUGAUGAAACCACCGAUGGAACCACUGAUGAAACCACCGAUGGAACCACUGAUGGAUCCACCGAUGGAUCCACUGAUGGAUCCACCGAUGGAACCACUGAUGAAACCACUGAUGAAACCACUGAUGGAUCCACUGAUGGAUCCACUGAUGGAACCACUGAUGGAACCACUGAUGGAUCCACUGAUGGAACCACUGAUGGAACCACUGAUGGAACCACUGAUGGAACCACUGAUGGAUCCACUGAUGGAACCACUGAUGGAACCACUGAUGGAUCCACUGAUGAAACCACUGAUGGAACCACUGAUGGAACCACUGAUGGAACCACUGAUGAAACCACUGAUGGAACCACUGAUGGAUCCACUGAUGGAACCACUGAUGGAUCCACUGAUGAAACCACUGAUGGAACCACUGAUGGAACCACUGAUGGAACCACUGAUGGAUCCACUGAUGAAACCACUGAUGGAACCACUGAUGGAACCACUGAUGGAACCACUGAUGGAUCCACUGAUGGAACCACUGAUGGAACCACUGAUGAAUCCACUGAUGGAACGGAGCCCAGGAGACUUCAGGCUGCAACAU